AUGUCGCUCCUCCAACUAGCCACGCUCUUGAGCACCCUCGUCACCUCCACCGUCGCUCACGGCCACGUCUCCGGCAUCGUAGCAGACGGCACCUACUACCAAGGCUAUGACCCCAGCUUCCAAUACCAAUCUACUCCUCCUGCCGUGGUCGGCUGGUCCUGCCCCGACUGUCUCGAUAACGGCUUCGUUGCCCCAGACGCAUACGGUACCUCCAAUAUCACCUGCCACAAAGACGCGACCCCCGGCCAGGCCCACGCCACCGUCGCUGCAGGGGGAACUGUGGAAUUACAGUGGACGACUUGGCCGUCGUCUCACCACGGCCCUGUCCUCAGUUACCUGGCGAAGUGUAGUGGGAAGUGCGAGAGCGUGGAUAAGGACGACCUUUCCUUCUUCAAGAUCGAUGAGGCUGGGUUGAUUGAUGACACAACGGUGCCGGGGUACUGGGCAACGGAUGAAUUGAUUGCCAACAACAACAGCUGGACCCUCAAAAUUCCUUCUGGUAUCACAACGGGAAACUACGUGCUGAGGCACGAAAUCAUUGCCCUCCACUCUGCAGGCACCGAAGACGGGGCGCAGAAUUACCCAGCUUGCAUCAACCUCGCCAUUACAGGAUCUGGUACCGACGCGCCCGCCGGAGUAGCUGGGACUAGACUCUACAAAGAAGACGAUGCGGGCAUCCUCGUCAACAUCUACCAGACGCUCGCGUCUUACGCUCUCCCCGGACCUACGCUGUACAGCGGUGCCGAGAGCAUCUCGCAGACAGCUGCUGCAUCCUCUCUAACCUCCAGCGCUGUCGCUACGCCAUCCACUGCUGGUACCCCGUCUGUGUCCACGUCCGCCACCGCUGCGGCCGCAGAAGCAACCACUAGUGCUUCCAGCUCCAUCAGCACGGCAACUACUUCCACUCUUGUACUCUCGAGCGCAGCUGCGGCCACACCAACACCGACCCCGACAUCCACAUCUGCGCCAUCCUCCCUAUCUCCCAGUAGCCCGCCCAGCACCUCCCUUCCUAGCAUUCCCAUCCCAACAGGGCUCCCUGCGUUCACUGGCAUCGGAAGCUUCACAGCUUUGCCCUCUGGCCUUUUGACUAGCGUCCUCCCCACCGCUGUCCCGACUGGCACGGAUAACUCUAGCGGCGAACUGCCGAGCACGCCGCUUCCGGCGGGGAUGACGCUGAAGGAGUUUUUGAAGUGGUUUAAUUAUAUUAUGCGCACUUAUUUCAGGAAGGGGCCGGAACAGGGGGAGAGGAAGCAUCCGCGUGAUAUCGCAUACUAA